AGGAAACCAACGAAAACUUCGAAUCUGAGGCCGCUGCCGCUGGUAAAAAGAAAUUGAUACUCUCAGCAGCAGUUGCAACAGGGAAAUGGGCAGUAGAGCAGGGGUAUCAAGUCGAGGAAGUCUCCAGGAACGUGGAUUUCAUCAAUCUUAUGGCAUACGAUUUCCAUGAACUUGGACCUGCUCAAGGAAAACGCCUGAUGCAGAACGCGGCGCUCUUUUCUGGCGAGGAAGACAAUGAUGUAAUGGCAACGCACAAUGUCGACUACGCCAUAAUGAUGUGGAUUAAGAAAGGAGCACAGCGAGAAAAACUGGUUCUGGGCUUGGGCGCGUAUGGAAGAAAUUUCAAAACCCUAAAUGGUAAUACCACUCCAGGAGCGCAGGCUCUCGACUAUGGCCCUGCGGGAAGGUAUACCGGUGAACCCCGCAUGUACCCAUAUUAUGAGAUUUGCGAGAACCUGAAAGAUCCAGCUUGGGAGGAACAAUGGGAUGAUGAGCGAAAAGUACCAUAUGCUUUCAACAGACAGGAGAACCUGUGGGUGGGAUAUGACAAUCCUAGGAGCAUCAGGGAAAAGGUUGACUAUGCCGUCAAUGAAAGCCUUGCGGGUAUAAUGAUCUGGCCUUUAGAUAUGGAUGACUUCAAUAACAAAUGUGGAACGGGAAUUUAUCCAUUGCUAAGUGCAGCCAACGAGAGACUGGCUGUGUAUGAGAAAUCCACUACUACUACUGGCUUGACUCCCACAACAACUCGUGAUCGGUGCAAUUUCAUAAGAUGCGUGAGUGCAGCCGAGCAAUACUUUUCUUCCCUAAAACAGUAUUCCAUUCUUUCUUGUGGAUUAUUAUUCACCAUUCUGCUACGGACGUAACACAUCUGCUUCUACAUAUGCACUGGGCACAGUGGAAAGGCUUGGGCCAAAAACAUGGAAUGAACUGUAGAACAACCAAGGCACUAAAUCCAGCUAGGAUGUUAUAUGAGUGUGCUGCUUGGACUUCUUGGAAAACGUGACUCAAAAGCUUAUGUUAUGAUAAAGGCUACUGGUGUUUAUCACGGUCUUCCCAUAGAUUGCUUAAUCUAGUCAAGAAUGAUAACAAUUUUUCAGAUUUAUACAUUCACGUUGUAAAGAUGAAAAAAGGUGACAUGAUAUUUUUACAAUGUCUGAAGUGAGCAAAUAUCGCAAAAAUGAGAAAAGUAUAAAUUUUCUUUUAUAUUCUUUUGUAUAAUGCCUAUUUUUAUUAAUAUUUUUUGAGUCAAUA